AAACCCUUUUCCUCAAGCCUGCCUUUACGUAUAACUUUUUAAAAUAAAAUUUGGUUAGAUACUUCUAAAAUUAUAGCUGGUCCAUGGAGGGUUCGUCCCAAGGGUUGAAAAAAGGUGCAUGGACUGCUGAAGAAGAUAAUCUCUUGAGGCAAUGCAUUGAUAAGUAUGGAGAAGGGAAAUGGCACCAAGUUCCUUUAAGAGCUGGUCUAAAUCGGUGCAGGAAGAGUUGUAGACUAAGAUGGUUGAACUAUUUGAAGCCAAGUAUCAAGAGAGGAAAACUCAACUCCGAUGAAGUUGAUCUUCUUAUGCGCCUUCAUAAGCUUUUAGGAAACAGGUGGUCUUUAAUUGCUGGUAGAUUACCCGGUCGGACCGCCAAUGACGUCAAAAAUUACUGGAACACCCAUUUGAGUAAGAAACAUGAACCGGGUUGUAAGACCCAGAUGAAAAAGAGAAACAUUCCUUGCUCUUAUACCACACCAGCCCAAAAAAUCGACGUUUUCAAACCUCGACCUCGAUCCUUCACCGUUAACAGCGGCUGCAGCCAUAAUAAUGGCAUGCCAGAAGCUGACAUUGUUCCUCUAUGCCUUGGACACAACGAUACUAAUAAUGUUUCUGAAAAUAUAAUCACAUGUAACAAAGAUGAUGAUAAAUCUGAGCUUGUUAGUCAUUUAAUGGAUGGUCAGAAUAGGUGGUGGGAAAGUUUGCUAGAUGAGAGCCAAGAUCCAGCUGCGCUCUUUCCAGAAACUACAGCAAUAAAAAAGGGCGCAACCUCCGCGUUUGACGUUGAGCAACUUUGGAGCCUGUUGGAUGGAGAAACUGGAACUUGAUUAGUGUUUCCACUGUUUGUUUGUGCUUGUGCGUGACAUUGUGACUUUUGCAUUUACUGUGUAUUGUUUCUAAAUAAACCAAUUAACUUAUGUUUCUGACAUAUAUAUAUAUAUAUAUAUAUAUAUAUAUAUUUUUUUUUUUUCUUUUUGCAAAUGAAAGGAUAAUGUGUCAUGAUAAACAAGGCCCCAAUUGGUAUAACUGAUGAAAAAUUCUUAGCAAUAUGCUCAAAAACAGUAUGAUGCAGAAGUUAUAUGCUUCAUUAUUUAUUAAAAUGAUUGAUAUAACAUUAAAUGAUUCAUAUAUAAUUGGUUCAUUUAUAAAUAAUAUAUAUAUAUAGUAAAUAUAUAUUUUUUAUUUAAAAUAAUAUAUCAUAUCUAAUUUUAUAUAUAUAUUAAUUUAUAUAUUUUAAUUAAGUAUAGUAUUAUUUUAAUUGUAUUUUUAAAAUAUAAUUUUAACAUGAAUAUAAUAUUUUGAUAUUAUAAUUUUUUUAAUUUAAUAUUUUAUAAAUGAAAAUGUUUGCCAACUUUAAUCAUGGUAUUCUAAAUGUAUUUCUAAAUGUUUUUUUCUGUAAUUAUUGAUUAGAUAAUAAUUAGCAUAAUGUUCUUGCAAAUAGUUUGCCAACUUUAAUCAACGUCUAAGUAUGUGUUGUUGCUUUACAUAGAUUUUCUUCUUGGAAAAUAUUUUAUGAGCACCAUUAUCCCUGAGUAGGAGUUCUUAGAAAAUAAAAGUAUUUUUUUUGAACGUACAAAAUAAAAGUAUUGAUAUUUUAUUUAGACAAGUAUGUUCUUAGCUCUUUUAGUUUAAUUAGACUAAUAGCUGAAUAGAAAACAAUAUGUUUAGAGUAACUAGGGUUUCUCAAGCAAGAACCCCAUUAAAACUUCUUCUCUCCUCAUUUAUCAAAAACUUUUUUUUGUCUCUUCUCUUUCUAACUUUUAAUUAUUUUAUUAUAUUUUGUAGGUGAGGAUGUCGGGAUAAAGUUUGCAGAGAGUGCCUACGGUAUAAAUUUUGAGGCAUUGGCCUUGGGGCGCUCUCAUAUUUGUUAAUUUUGGGGCCUCAGAUUUACCAAUACUCGUAAGCAAAAUGCUAAUAUAGUUACCAAAAAAACAAUGUAUUCUUUCAAUAAUUUUGUUUCAAACAUUCAUCUCUAUUUUUAUUUAUUAUUGUGGACACCAACCAUCUUUUUAAUGUUGAAAACUUUUUCUAUAUAUAUAUAUAUAUAUAUAGAUAAAUUCCCACUAAACAAUUUAUAACCUUUGCCAUUAGAAGUUUGUAUAAGAGCAAGGAAUGUUUCUCUUUUUCAUAUAAAUAAUUUUAAAAUAUGAAAUACCAAAUAAAUAAAUAAAUAACAAUUAUUUUAUUUACUUUUUACAUUUUAAAAGUUAUUAUUGCACUCAUAUUACUAUUUGUGUUAUUUUAAUAUAAAAUGAAUAAGUUUUUGCCUUAGGCCCCAGUUACUCUAGGCAUGGCACUGAGAGCUUGGCGUUGGAAGUGUGGACUGUCAAGUCCUUCUUUAAGCAAUCAUAUCAUGUUUGUGCAAAAGUGUUGACAUACAACUUAAAGCUGUUGACUGUUGUCGUCUAACUGGUGUCAUCUUCUGAUUACCAGUGAAGUGAAUUAUCCAUGCAAGCAACUCCACUGAAUCCAGCUUCUUUGGAAAAUAUGUCCAUAUGAAUAGAUUUGUUGACUAGUCGACCAUAGACCUUUUUAUGUAAUGUCAAAUUAUAAUUUGUUGAUAUUGUACCAUAUAUAGCAAUACAGUGCAAAUAUUUCCACUGAGAAGUAUGAACUUAUGGAGGGAGUAUAUAUUUAUGUAAUGUCAAAUUAUAAUUUGUUGACAUUACGGAGGGAGUAUAUAUUUGCACUGUAUUGUUAUAUAUUUGCACUUUUUAGUUAAGUAUGUGAAUUAUCAUUGAAAAGGAUGCAGUGCAAAUAUUUCCUCAAUAUUAACAAAAGUUCACGCUCCCUAACAAUUUGUAGCUCCCAGUAAAAAAUUAUCCAGUGGUGUCAAUUUAAUUUAUCAUGUAAAAAGAAAAAUUUUGGUCAAAGCAGUUGCGAGUGUUAUUAUUCGGAAUCUUAAUUGUAAAAAACAUUUUCUUUCUGUGAAAUCAUAUGGUGACAUAGAUGUAUGUGUUCUAAUUCGAAACAUAAAAGAAAUAAUUUAUAUACAUACCUUUUUACCAAAAGAUAUACAAGACAGAUUUCUUCGUAGAUUUCUAGACCCUAUGAUCAAUUUUACAUUAUGUUGAAAUCAACAUCAGCCUAAAGCUUUUACCAAAAAAAAAAAAAACAACAGCCUAAACCUAAAAAUACAUCUGCUUCCAUAUAUAUAUGUAACAAUGAUAUACUACAUUUUAUCAAAAUAAAUUAAUAAUCUAUAUUA